ACUUGGCUGCAGCUCCCAGUUUGCACAACUUUGCUUGGCCGGCGGACUGUGAGUACGACACUGUGUGUGUGCGAGAGCUCAGACCUGUGUGUGGCACUGACGGAAACACGUACGAGAAUAUCUGCAAACUGUGUGAGCACAGAAAAAUAACGGGGAUAGAGCUCAACAUUCGGAACCACGGAAAGUGCUGAAAUAAUUAUAUCGAAGA